AUGGUUACUGUCGAUAGUUUUGCUCAUGGCGAGCCAGAAACGCCGCGUUUCGGCGACGACCUCGGCUCUGACUCUGCUUGCUCCACGCCGUUCGUCAGCGCUCCGUCUAGUCCCGGCCGUGGUGCACCGCCGGGUUAUUUCUUCAGCGCACCGUCGAGUCCCAUUCAUUUCUUCAUGUGCUCUGCUGCUCCGUCGGAGAAUAAUACGAAGCUCGACUCGUCUUCUCCCGGCGACUCCGAGUUCGAUUUCUCGUCUCGUUUGUCUUCCAGCAGCGGUCCUAUAGGCGGCGUACCGAUGACCUCCGCGGAGGAGCUCUUCUCCAACGGUCAGAUCAAGCCGAUGAAGCUCUCUUCCCAGCUCCAGAGGCCUCAGAACUUAGAGGCGUUACAAGACGGUGGUGUGAAUAGGCGAGGGAGAGAUUUGAAGUUGAGAAGCGGAUCUGUUCAACGCAAAGCUAGAUCUCUCUCUCCAGUCCGAAACGCAGCGUAUCAAUUAAACGAAGAGGAGGAAGAGGUGAAGGAGUGUAUACGGAAGCUACCUGAAGAUUAUGAAGACGAAACCAAGAGUAACGAAACUGAAACGACGCCGUCUUGUUUUCGUUCGUCGUCUUACGGUAGGAACUCGAAGAAAUGGAUCUUCCUCAAGGAUCUGCUGCUCCACCGAAGCAAAAGCGAAGGAAGAGGAAACGGCAAGGAGAAGUUCUGGUCAAACGUUUCAUUCUCUCCGGUCAUUCUCAAAGAGAAGAAACUCAAAUCAGAGGACGCAGCAUCCGUCGAGAGACAGAAACUGUUGGAUAAGCUUCAAGAGAUAAUUUAG